AUGGAGGUCGCCGCGCAUGCCGACGACUACAACGCGUCGUUCCGCGACACAGUGUGGCUCCAGUCGUUCCCACUCAACGCGCAGACGGUGCUGCACUACUUUGCGCUGUCGCCGUUCUACGACCGCUCGUGCAACAACGAGCGCCUCAAGAUGCAGCGCCUGGGGCUCGACCAGCUCAAGAACCUGCGCGGCGUCGAGUACGAGCUCUUGCCGAACGCAGCCAAGCAGUUGCCCCAGCAGCUCUAUGUCCUCCGCAAGCAGCGACGGAGCAGUCGGACGCAAGUCGAGCCGCUCGCGGUCUACUACGUGCUGGACGGGACCGUGUACCAGGCCCCGAACAUCCAUGCCAUGCUGACGUCUCGCCUCAAAAAGUGCAGCUACCGCAUCAACAAGGCGUUCCACGGCUUGGCCGCUGGGGUACGGUUUAGCCCGACCGAGGGGUACGCGUGGGACUUUAGCUCGCCGGACAAGAAGGAGCCAGUGAUUCCGUCCGAGCAGCUGCAGCUGAAGCUCAAGCAAAAGUACGAGAAGAUGGAAAAACAGCGCGAAAACUCGGCGCGUGUAGACUCGAUAUUGAUCCAACUCAUGAAGAAACACGCCCCGGAGAUCGCUGAAAAGCUAGAGAACAACACGGUGGCAGCUGCGGCUGCUGCAGCACGAGCGGCAGGGCACGAGGGCGCGGGGAAGCUUGAAGGACCGAUGGCGGCAAAUGGCGUCACGCACGACAAGAGCGAGUCGGCGGGGACUGCCGCUACUGCUGAAACUGUCAAGCGGCAGAAGGUUACAUGA